CCUCAGUAAGAUGUACAUACCUUCCAAAUUUCAGGUCAUUCCUAUUUGUAGAAAAAAAAUGAAAAGUAAAACACCACUGGACAAUUGUGACUGCACGAUGAAAUUUGGACGGUGAUGAAGGUAGGCGAAAUCACUAUUCAUUUUUCGCCUAUAGGCGUUCGAAAGAAUUUUCCUAUAUAUAUAUAUAUAUUCAAUUGCCAACAUAUUAGCCAAUCAAUCCAAGCCCAAUUCCUACCAGGCUCUAAUUUCUGGAAUAUUAUUGUUUGCUUUUUCAAAUAGUUAAGAGAAAGCUAAUGACAAAUGGGUAUGGUAUUGCCUCCUGCCUCACCAAAGUAGCAUUGCCUCUCCCAUCUAUGUUUAGUUUCCAUUCCAAACCUCCUUUUUCAAAAAUCUUGGACUGGGAAUAACAUCUUGAUGUGAUUUCAAAGCUGAAAUUAUUCUUAGUCGCACAGUCUCUGUUCUUAGACUUUGAAAUCUCCCAAGUAGUGAAGAAGCCAAAUAAUAUCCUGCUUUCAGACUAUGCUUAAAUAAUUUCCUGUCUAAACACUUCUGUCUCUAAGUAAUUUUAUCCUCUAAAACCAAAGAUGUCCAUUGUUGCCAAUUAUCAAUGUUAUUCCAUUUUGAACAUUUCAAGAUACUUGAUUAUUAGCAUUCCCAUGGAGUAUUGAUUAAUUCACCGUAGCGAUUUACAUUCUUUGAUGGAAUUUCGUGGCUAUGCUCUCUUUGUUUUGUCUUUAGGGGAUGAUGUUGUGAGCAUAUGCUUGAAGGUUCGAAUCAUAGGUUGCCCACUCAAUGAAAGAAAAGAAAUCCAUGGGUUUCAAAAUUUGUCAACUGUCUUCAUUUGUCUUAGACAGAGAGAAGAUGCUUCUGUUCAUGUCUAUACCUACACCUGAGCUAUCACAUAGGGAAGGGAUUUUUCUAACAACUCUAUUUGCAUCUAAUUUUGGUUUCUAUAACUUAUUGAAGGUUUCUAUACAUUCAUUUGUUCAUUUUGCUUGAGGAAAGAUCUGCUAAACGAAACGAACUGGAAACUUCAUUGGGAACCUGGGACCAUAAUUUGGAAGUCAAAGGAGCACUCUCACUUUUAGUGGUGACUACUCUUAUGUGCAAUUAGGAGUACUUCAGGAGAUGAAUUCAGAAGAUUCAAAAAAUUUGAACAAGGGAAAAAGAAAAUUGCAUCUGAGAAAACUGAGCCAUGUGCAUAAGCUAAGGUGUGAUACUGGUCGAAGUGCUCAUCAAGCCACACUCUUGAGUCCUUAACUGUUAUAUUACUCAAUGGGGUCCGGUGAAGAGGUGACCCCUGUUAAGUCUUCGAAGGCUGCUACUUCAAAUCAGCAGGAGCUUCCUUCUACGCCUUCAUAUCCUGACUGGGCAACUAUGCAGGCAUACUAUGGGGCAGGUUCUACUCCUCCCCAGGCUUUUUUUGCAUCCACAGUUGCUUCUUCUCCAACCCCUCUUCCUUACAUGUGGGGCCAGCACUUAAUGCCACCAUAUGGAACACCACUUCCAUACCCUCCAAUGUACCCCCCAGGAGGAAUGUACCCGCAUCCACCGAUGACACCGGGAACAGUAGCAAGUGCAGCUGAAUCUGAACGAAGGGCUUUAGAAGGAAAAGAGCGUGGGCCGAUGAAGAGGUCAAAGGGGAGCUCUGGAAAUUUGGGUUUGGUCAGUGGAAAAUCAAGGGAUGGUGGUAAAGCAACAUCUGGUUCUGCAAAUGAUGGUUCACAAAGCGGAGAAAGUGGUAGCGAGGAUUCGUCAAAUGGAAGCGAUGAGAACAACAGUCAAAUUGAUAUGCAGGCUGCUAGGAAGAGAAGUUUUGAUCAAAUGCUUGUUGAAGGGGCUCAGCAAAAUCAUGGUGCUCAAUAUGGUGAAUCAUAUCCAAAUGCAAGGGGCCAACCUGCCUCGAAUAUUCCAGGCUCCAUGACAGGGAAGUCAGGCGUAACUGCUCCCACAACUAACCUAAAUAUUGGUAUGGGUAUGGACCUUUGGAAUGCAUCUCCUUCGGGAACUGUCCCUAUGAAGCCUAGACCAAAUGCACCUGGUACCUCCUCCGCAAUGAUUUCAUCAACCAUGGUUGGGCGCGAUGGUGUUCCAUCUGAUCUAUGGAUUCAAGAUGAGCGUGAGUUAAAGAGGCAAAGGAGAAAGCAAUCUAAUCGUGAGUCGGCUAGGCGGUCAAGGCUGAGGAAGCAGGCUGAGUGUGAAGAACUAGCAUCUAAAGUGGAGCAACUUAAUAAUGAGAACAUGACACUCAAGAAUGACCUACAGAGGCUUGCAGAUGAAUGCGAGAAGCUCACUUCCGAGAAUGCAUCCCUAAUGGAUCAAUUAACUAAAAUAUAUGGACCAGAUGCUUUGGCUUCAAUACAAAGCAUUGACAUGAACCCAGUCGGUUUUAAGGCCACUAAUGCGGAAAGCAAUGGCCACUUACACGAUGCGUUGAGGGGAAACAACUCAAUUUCUAAUGGAAAGCUUGGAUCAAAUUCAAACUGAACACCUUUUCUCUUUCCUUUUCUUUUUCUUCAAUUUUCCUCUGGUUUUACUUGGAGGGCCUGAUCAUUGUCACGGCUGGUUUUUUCUUCUCCCCUAAUGUAUGUAAUAUAUCAAAAGCCACUGGCGUGCUAAUUACCUUUUAUGUGACUUAAUGUAACAUCAGGCAGGAUCACCAUCUGCGUAAAAUGGGAUAGGUGUGAAUAAUAUAUAUUAUUGUAUUAUGUGGUAUUGUUUAUUUUAUAU